AUGAUAACUCUUUCGGAUCCUAUUUUAAUUAUAUUCGGUACAUUUGCUCUACAUCAAAUAAUCUUUUGGAUUCAGAAUGGAAUUCUCUUGUUAUUCACCUAUGUGAUCUAUCCAGAUCGUGCGCGAAAGUAUAAAAUCCAAAAGCACAUUCAAGUCGAUUGGGAAUCUUUGAAAGAUUGCGCGAAAACAGUGUUAAUCAAUCAGAUAUUCAUUCUUUUACCAGCGCUGGUCAUUACAUGUCCAUUGUUCAUGCAUUUAAAUAUGCGAUGGCAUAUACCUAUUCCGCCAUGGUACCGAAUCCUUUUCGAUCUGGUUUGUUUUCUUGGCGUUACAGAAGUGUUUUUCUACUACAGUCACCUUGUCCUACAUUUUUCAUCAAUAUAUGAAUAUAUUCAUAAAAAACAUCAUAAAUUCCGUGCUCCAUUUGGCAUGGCCGCUGAAUAUGCACAUCCAAUUGAGUUUGUAGUCUCGAAUAUCGCUCCUGUAAUAGCCGGUCCAUUGUUAUUUCAAUCACAUUUGUUAACUACAUGGUUUUGGCUUGUUAUUGCACUUAUUGGCACUAUCAAUCAUCAUUCGGGAUAUAAGUUCCCGGGUUUAUUAGGAAGUGGACUAUCUAAUCCAGCUUUUCAUGAUUUUCAUCAUGCACAGUUCACGAACAAUUUCGGCCUUUUGGGUAUUUUAGAUCGAUUGCAUGGAACAGAUAAAGCAUGGCAAGCGAAAAAAAUGCAGCAAAGUCAAGAAACGAAGAAGAAUGCAAAGUAA